UCUCCUCUCAUUGUGCUCAUAUUCCUGCUCUUUUGCUCUGCUCUUGUGAUGGCUGCUGUCUCCUCUUUCCCCCUUCAUCGUCUCCCUCAAAAAACCUUAAAAGAUGUUAUCGGCAAGAUGGAAAUUUUCGAACAAGCCUGCUUCUCAAUGGUCUCCAGGAAAACGAAGAAUUUGAUCAAAGAGUUUGGAAACUUCAAAGGCUCAAAAGUUGAAAUGGAAUUUCUUCACCCUGCGCCGCUUCUUCACAUUUGGAACUCCAGGAAGGAACAUGCUGUGUGCAUGUUUGCAUUCGGGCACGUCACUCUGUCAGUUUCAUCUCGUAGAUCACGUAGAUCACGUUUGUUCUCUACGCCACGGUUGUUUGAUACGAGAAGCUGGUUCAAUCAUUUGAUGGAUAUCCUUCAACCUAGCAAACUGAACACUUUGAACGUCGAGAACCCUUCCGAUGAAUUUGAUGAAUCAAAGUUUAAAAUGAUUAAGAAAUGCCUAAAAGGACGCAAAAUAUGUUUGCUAUCGAUUCAACGUACUCCCAGAAUGGAGAACAUCCUCAAACUCGUCAACGUGUUUUCCGAGGCCAACGAGCUUCAGCUAUCUGCAAACGAACAACUGGACUCAUCUCAACUCUUGGCAUUCCGACAAAUUUUGCAGAUGGAACACCAUAAUCUAUAUUUAUCCAAUUUGUCAUUGAACAAUCUACUAAUAACUCGCUCUUCGGUGAUUGAAACUGAAAACAGUACCCUGUUAACUGAAAAGAAUAUCAAUUUGAUUCUGAAACAUUGGAUAGCAGGUUUGAAGCCAGAACUCAAAUAUUUGAGCGUUCAAUUGCGUGGACCUGUUUUCAAUAAGGAACUCGUUUUUGAAGGGAUACCACACAAAAUUGCGUCAAGUAGAAGGACAUUCAGAUUGAAUAAUGAGGACGAUCUUCUUCGAGCCGGAGGAAUCGAUUUUUACUUAGGAGACGGAAUUAAAGCAACGGCGGUUUUCGAAGUCUUGUUUGGUAAUGCAAAAAUUAUAUUUGCAGCUCAUAACUCGGAAUUCAUUUCAUUUAUGUAACUAAUUUGUUUCAAUAAAUGCUUGUACU